UUAAACUAAGAGUUGCUUCAGUCGUCAUCUGACUAGACUUAUUUUUAUACUUUAUACUUAAUGAUUCAAUUUUAACUUGUCACUAGUUUAACUAGGUACUUAUGUUAGGCUAGCUUUACAAUAUUAAUUUGAGUGAUGAGUGUGUAAAAUUGUUUAUGCGGUGUUAAACUUUUUAUACCGCAAUUAUAUACCGUAUAUUCACUUUUAUUAGCACCUUGAAAUGUAGGUGACUGACGUAAAAUACUUCCAAUGAAGAGAUUAACAUGUUUACGUUCAAUGUUUACUUUAUACAAUUGUGACCGCGGCCGGCAAAACUCCUACUUUGUCGCUUGCAUAAGGAAGAGAUCUGCUUGAUACGAAUAUAAUAACCUGACAAGGCGUUCUUAUGGCAAGCGACAAAAUGGGACGUUUUGCCGGUCGCGGUCCCAUAUAUUUAGAAUUUCAACACAAUCUUUAUUUCCUUUAAUUAUGUCACUAAAUACCCAUAUAUACUUUUUGUGAAACUACUUUAUCGCCAAAACUGUUUAAAUCAUGUACCUGUUGUCGAUUUUAUGAGCACAGCACUAUUAUGUCAUGAUAAAGUUUUUUAUCGACAACAGUUUGAUCGUACUCGUGAAUCUCAAAGCUCGCUCAAUAUUGUGCUUAAGCAUUUAAUUUAUGUUUUGUUUUAUUAAUAGAGUUAACGGUUGUGCUUAUUUCUAACUGUUUUGGUAUACAUUAAAACACGUGAAUGAUGGCGGACAUUCCAAGCGGAAGCGGAAGUGAAGAUUGCGAAGGUGUCAGACUAGUUGUGCUAAAUUUACCAGAAGAUGAGGGUGAGGGGCUAGGCUUCCGUUUAACAAGAACUUUGUGGGACCCUUAUCCUUGGGUCCGUGAAGUUACUCCUGGAGCAAGAGCUGACUUAGCGGGACUCAAAACAGGGGACUGUUUGCUUCAGGCGGAUGGAAAAGAUUUACUCGGUUUACCGGUUGGACAAGUGGCUGGGUUAAUCAGGGGAGAUGGAGCGGGCCACGGCGUUUCGCUUCUUGUUUGGAACUGUGGAGUGGAUCCAAAAGAUGAUCCAGAGCUCCUCUGGAGUUGCGGUGGAGGUUCUCGCGGUGAGAAAUCAAGGAGAGCUUUGGCGGGAGUUGUAAAAGCAUUAUCCUGCUGCGUCUGCGCCGCUACAGCCACAAAAGCACUAAACUGUGCACGGUCACAUUUGUACUGCGAAGCAUGCUGGAAGAGGCUAGAACGCUGUGCUUUAUGCAGAGAAGCACUGCCACCCAAGGAUUCCCCAUACGCUAGAAAUUUGGUCGCUGAACAGGUUUUCGAAGCAAUAGCAACAGAAUAUGAAAUCAAAGACGCAAUAAAAAAGCCAAGUGAAUCUGCAUCAGCCUACGCAUCACCCAACAGGUCCCCCAAUAUGUCUUCUGCAGCCUUCCGGAGAGGUCAAUACCAUCUAUCAGCAAUGAGGAAUCGCAAAACUGUACAGUUUGUAGAUAAAUAUAAACAAAACUACGCAUCUGACCCUAACAUUCACAGAUCUCUUAAUCAAGAUUCGAAGCCAACAGUCGAAAACUCAACUACCGAAACUGGAAGGAAAACUUGCGAUUGUCAACAAAGUGGAAAGUCAGAUAAAGUACCGGAAAUAAGAAUAAACGGUGAACAGAAAUCGCAGAAAUGUUGCCAGAGUAUGUUACAGCAUAGUUUGAUUGCUCGUGCAAGGCAAGCCUGCUCAUUGGUUGAUUUGCAAGCUGCGAUGCAGUCUUGUGCGUUGUCGAAGUCAUUAAAUAAUAUCAACACUGAAAACUGUAACGAACAAGGGCACCACAGUGGCUCUCUCGACAACUUGAAGAUAAAUUGUAAAACUACCUCAGAUAUGCCGCUUUAUGUGCUUUCCGCUCCACCGAUUUAUGUAUUAACGUGUGAUCAUAAUAAAAACGAAUAAUGUUAAGUAAUGUAUAUAAAUAAUAUAAAUCUUAUAAUUUGUAAAGAACUGUAAGUGCCAUUUAGUUUGUAACGAUAUCAUGUUAUAAUUUGAAAGGUUAAUAAAUAUUUAGAACUGUC